GCGGCGGCGGCGCUGCGUGGGGCCCGCCGGCUUCUCCUCGGCCUGGCCGCGGCCGCCCGGUGGCACUGGGCUCCGGUACCAUGUUCAGGCGGAUCCUGCAGCGGACCCCGGGCAGAGGAGGCUCUCAGAGCUCAGACUCGGAUUCAUCUGCAGCGCUGGGGAAUGCUGUGGACGUGAACAGCGAAGGCUCCUCUGAGGGCUUCAUCUGUCCACUGUGUCUGAAAGUGUGUGUGACUCCCUCUGCUCUGUCUGAGCACUACCAGCAUGAGCACGCUGGCCCAGAAGGACGCCAGGAGCUCCGUGACCUCCCAGCUCUCACUGGCUUUAUUUGUCCUCUCUGUAUGAAGUCUCAUGGAUCAGCUGAGGAGCUGUUCAAGCACUAUGAAGCAGUCCAUAACUCUGGCCUGGAGUCAAGUCAUGGAGGGGAAGGUCAUCUGUCACCAGAAAGGGAUGAAGUCUCACUGCUGCGACAAGAAGUGCAGGACCUGCAGGCUUCGCUCAAGGAGGAGAGGUGGUACUCAGAAGAGCUGAAGAAGGAGCUAGAGAAGCGGCAGGGGCCGCGGCAGCAAGAUGCCAAGCCUGAUGGAUUGCCAACAACCACAUCUACAGACUCGUUGGAACGGCAGCUGGAAGAGGUCCAAGUAGAGAAUUUCAACAUUAAGCAAAUGAAAGACUUAUUUGAGCAGAAAGCAGCCCAGCUGGCCACUGAGAUUGUUGAUCUCAAAUCAAAGUACGACGAAGAACUCAGCCUGCGGGAAGGAGCAGAGCAGAAACUGGCAAACCUGAGGCAGGAGCUGCAGAAGGAGAGGAGUGCAGUGGAAGACCUGAAGACAGAGCUGCUGCAAAGGCCUGGUGUGGAAGAUGUGGCUGUCCUGAAAAAGGAACUGGUGCAGGUGCAGACACUGAUGGACAAAAUGACCUUGGAACGCGAGCGGGAGUCUGAGAAGCUGAAGGAUGAGUGCAAGCAGCUGCAGGCAGAGCAGGCAAGCUCAGAGGCUACCAUUAACCAGCUAAGAGCUGAACUUGCCAAAGGACCUCAGGAGGUGGCUGUGUAUGUGCAGCAGCUGCAGCAACUCCAAAGUUUAGUCAAAGAGCUUGACCAGAAGAACCAGGGCCUGACUGAGAAGCUGCUGAAGAAGGAACUGGACUACACCCAGCUAGAAGAAAAGCACAAUGAAGUGUCUGUGAGCAAGAAGAACAUCCAGGCAAGCUUUCAUCAGAAGGACUUGGACUGCCAACAGCUCCAGGCCAAGCUGUCUGCUUCUGAAGCCUCCAUACAGAGGUUACAGACAGAGCUAGGUGAGAAGGGGGAGGCAAGCCAGAAGCUUAAAGAGGAGUUGUCUGAAGUAGAAACAAAGUGCCAGCAUCUGAAGGCAGAGUGUAAACAGCUCCAGCAGCAGAGGGAGGAAAAAGAGCAGCACAGCCUGCAGCUCCAGGGUGAGCUCAGCCAGCUGCACAGUAAGCUGCUGGAGGCCGAGCGGCAGCUGGGGGAAGCCCAGGGGCGGCUGAAGGAGCAGAGGCAGCUCUCCAGUGAGAAGCUGAUGGACAGGGAGCAGCAGGUGGCUGACCUGCAGCUGAAGCUGUCUCGGGCCGAGGAGCAGCUGAAGGAAAAAGCAGCAAACUCCACAGAUUUGCAGCACCAAUUGGACAAAGCCAAGCAGCAGCACCAGGAGCAGCAGACACUUCAGCAAAACACCACAGCAAAGCUAAGGGAAGCCCAGAACGACCUGGAGCAAGUCCUGAGGCAAAUUGGAGACAAGGACCAAAAAAUACAGAACCUGGAGGCUUUGCUUCAGAAAAGCAAGGAGAACAUCUCCCUGCUGGAAAAGGAGAGGGAGGACCUGUAUGCAAAAAUCCAGGCUGGAGAAGGAGAAACUGCAGUGCUCAACCAGCUGCAAGAGAAGAACCAUGGGCUGCAGAUCCAGGUAACUCAGCUGACAGAGAAGCUGAAGAAUCAAUCAGAAAGUCACAAACAGGCUCAAGAGAAUUUGCAUGAGCAAGUGCAGGAGCAAAAGUCCCAUCUGAGAGCUGCCCAGGACAGGGUCCUUUCCCUGGAAGCAAACAUCACAGAGCUCAGCAGCCAGCUCAAUGAGAGCAAAGAGAAAGUGUCACAGCUGGAUGUGCAGGUCAAAGCAAAGACUGAGUUGCUGCUUUCAGCAGAAGCCUCCAAAGCUGCCCAAAGAGCAGAUCUGCAGAACCACCUGGACACUGCCCAGCACGCACUGCAAGAUAAGCAGCAGGAGUUAAACAAGGUCAGUGCCCAGCUGGAGCAGGUGACAGCUAAGCUGAAUGACAAGCAGGAGCACUGCACUCAGCUGGAGGGCAGCCUGAAAGAGCACAAGGAGAAAUGUCUGUCUCUGGAGCAGAAAACUGAAGAGCUGGAGGGACAGCUGAAGAAGCUGGAAGCUGAUGGCCUGGAUGCUAAGGCGAGCAGAGAGCAAACUCUGCAGGAGCUACAGCAGCAGCGGCGGCAGGCGGCAGAGGCAGAGCUGAGGGCAGCAGAGCUCAGCAGAGAGCUGGAAGCAGCACGAGAAGCAGUGUCCAAUGCUGGAUUGGAUUUGCAGAAGAAAUCUGAGGCCCUUCAGCAAGUGAAACAGGAAAUGUCCAAGCAGGAGGAGGAAAAGGCCAGGCUGAAACAAAGCCUGGAGAAAUCCAGUCGGGAGACAAGUCAACAGCUCAAGGAAUUAGAGUCUAAAAUGCAGGCAGCAACGUCUGAGCUGCAGCAAGUGAAGCUGGAGAAGGAGUCUCUCUUCAAGGACCUUGCAGCUACCAAAGAGAAGCUCUCCAAAAGCUCUGAGUCCUUCAAAAAGAGGAAGGAAGAGCUAGAGAAAGACAUCCAGAAAGGCAAAGCAGCUGUGGCAGAGAUGGAGAAAUCUUACCAAGAAGUCAAACACCAACUGCAGGUCCAGACAGAGUCUGUAGCUAAAGAGAGGAAUGAACUGAAGAACUCCUUGGAGAAAAAGGAAGGGAUUGCCAAGCAGCUGUCUGUGGAGCUGGACUCAGCACGGGCACAGGCGCUGGAGAUGCAGGGGCUGCUGAAGGAGAGGGAGAAGAGUGAGCAGCACCUCCAGGGGAAGCUGAGGGACUUAAAGGAGUCUUUUGAGCAGAAGAAAAAACACAGUGAGACCCUGCAAGCUGAGCUGAAAACUGCCCUUCUGGAGAAGGCAGAGCUGGAGAAUAAACUGCAGCAGCAGUCGAUUUUGUCAGCACAGGAGCUGAAGGCAGAGAAGGUCAAGCUGGCAGAGCUGCAGAAGACCCAUGAGACACAGAAGGAAAACAUGGAGAAGCUGCAGCUGGACCUUUAUGGGAAGGAGUCUGAGCUGCUGGCAACCAGGCAAGACCUGAAGGGCACAGAGGAGAAGCUUGCCCUGGCCCAGGAGGAGUUGGUCUCCAGCAGGAAUCGCAUUGCCAGCAGCAGUCAGCAGAUCCAGGAACUGAAGAAAGCAAAGGCCACUCUGGAGCAGGAUGCAUCUAAGAAGGAGCAGCAGCUGAGUGAGAAAACCAAGAUGCUGCAGGACCUUCAGAGUGACAGGAUUUUGAAAGAAAAAGACCUGGCUAAUGAGAAAUGUAGAACAACAGAGCUCCAGGAAAUCAGGAGCAGGCUUGAAAAAGAAAAUGCCAAGCUGGGGGAAGAGCUGAGAGCCUGCAAGCAAGAAUUUGAGAAGGAGGUGACAGACCUCAAGGAUGCAAAGCAGCUCUUGAUCCAACAGAAAUUAGAGCUGCAGGGCAAAGUGGAUAAUGUGACUUCAGCUCUGGAACAGGAGAAGAAAACCCAGCAGGCUGCCAAGGAGCAGCUGAAAAAGAGGGAAGAGGAGCUGAAGAAAGAGUGUGCUGAAGUGGAAGCUAAGCUGCAUGCAGAGAAACAGGAGAAAGAAGAGGAAAACAGGAGACAUGAGGAGAAGGAGGCCAAGCUCAGCAUGCAGGUGACAGCCCUGAAUGAGAACCUGGCUACCAUGAAGAAGGAGUGGCAGAGCAGCCAGAGGAGAGUGAGCGAGCUGGAGAAGCAGACAGAUGAUCUGCGUGGGGACAUCGCUGUGCUGGAAGCAACAGUGCAGAACAAUCAGGAUGAGAGGAGAGCUCUGCUGGAGAGGUGUAUAAAAAGUGAGGGAGAAAUUGAAAAGCUUCAAGCCAAACUUGUAGAAAUGAAGAAGAAACUGGACAACACCACUGCUGCCAUGCAGGAGCUGGGCAGGGAGAACCAGUCUCUGCAGAUCAAACACACCCAAGCUCUCAACAGGAAAUGGGCAGAAGACAACGAGGUGCAGAACUGCAUGGCCUGUGGGAAAGGCUUUUCAGUGACAGUGAGGAGGCAUCACUGCAGGCAGUGUGGGAACAUCUUCUGUGCAGAGUGCUCAGCAAAGAAUGCCUUAACCCCCUCCUCCAAGAAGCCUGUCCGGGUCUGCAACACCUGCUUUAAUGACUUGCAAGGGUGAGAGGCUGGCGCCGCUCAGGAGGAACUGUCCCACUGCAGCCGCUCCCUGCUGGCGGUGCCCUUGGCUCAGCGCUCAGGCUGCUGCCCACCCGGGCCACUGGCAGUACCCACCUCGGGCCACAGGGAGGUUGUUGUCAGCUGUUUCUUGCUGCCAGCUCCAAGCGAUGUCUUUCUUUUUGGUGGAGACUUUGGGCUCAGAUCGCGCUCAGCUUAGCGCCGCUGGCCCCGGACAAGAGCUUCUUCUGUCUAGGUUAGAGCUCCCCAGGCUCUGUGUAAAUAAAGCUGUAAGAGAGGAGUCACAAUGUAUUUUUUUAUCUCUUAUUUUUGUUGUUCAAGAGAAACAGCCUUGAUCUGCUGCUGCAGCCUGGGCCUCCUGUCCUCCGGGGGAGACAAAGGGAGGCGCACAGAGCCGGGAGGGUUUUAGGUGUCCAAUCUCACUGCCGCCUCGCUGCAUCCCUGCUGCUCUUUGUAACCCUUGCUGAUUCUGGGGCCUGUUCUGUUCUGCUCCUUCUUCUCCCUCACAUUCACAGGAGCAGCUGCACUUGGCUCCAGUUCCCUUUUACAGCCCCAGCCCUUACCCAGCUUCUCCUGCCCUCGGCUGCCGGAGCGCCUCUGCCGGUGCUGGUGUGUGUGAGAGGAGGAGGAGUGUGAACAACAGGUGAGGCAGGCUGGAGCUGGCACAGCAGCUGCACACCCUGGCUGCUCUGCUCUCACUUGGACACCUGGAUCUUGGGACUCCAGAAACUCUCUGAUGUGGGUUUUAAAGAAGCAGACCCUCAGGACUGGUUGUGGCCUGCAGCUCCUCUCUGCCUCUGCCCACGCCUGGAAGCCCUGAGAGGUCCUUGUGGUGCUGAGGCACACUCAGACCUUCCACGCCAGGUAUCCCCCUCAGGAAAAGGCUUUUGGAGGCUGCUGCAGUUUAUUUGAUGUCUUCUUCUGUCCCUUCCCUCAGCUUUAGGUGGGAGAAGCCAAAGUCCAGCUACACCUAACCAACCUUAGCUUCCCAGUGCUCCACCUGAGCCCUGCUGCUGGAGGGGCUUCAGCUCUGGCAGGAUCAGUUCUGUGCAGAGUGGUGCUGGGAAUCUGCUGCUGCUGCCUUGCUCACAGCCAAAACUGGAGAGUCCUGGCUGGGCCCUGGGAGCACAGCUCGAAGGCAGAGGCCACUGCUCUGCCUUUGCAUCUUCAGUCAUGUUUUUUUCCUGCCUGGCUCUGAUUUUCCCCUCCUGUCUUUGAUUUUCCUGCCUGUCUCUCUCUGAUUUUCCUUCCUAUCUUUGAUUUUCCUGCCUGGCUCUGAUUUUCCCCUCCUGUCUUUGAUUUUCCUGCCUGUCUCUCUCUGAUUUUCCUUCCUAUCUUUGAUUUUCCUGCCUAGCUCUGAUUUUCCUGCUUGUCUCUGUCUGAUUUUCCUGCUUGUCUCUGUCUGAUUUUCCUGCCUGGCUCUGAUUUUCCUUCCUAUCUCUGAUUUUCCUUCCUAUCUCUGAUUUUCCUGCCUGCCUGGCUCUGAUUUUCCUGCCUGCCUUUGAUUUUUCCUGCCUGUCUCUGAUUUUCCUGCCAGCUCUGCCUGGUAUUUCAAGCCCAUUAUGGUUACUUCUUCCAAGAGGAGGUUUUGCCUUUGCUCUUUGGAGCCCUUUGUCUGAAAUGCCCUGAUAAAUUCUUCUCCCCCCCCAGACCUUUCCCUGUGCUUACAAAAUGUUGCUGGCUGCUCAGAGAAGAGGACUUUGUCCUGGAACCUUCUGCCUCUUGCCUGGGGUAAGGAAUGAAGUCCUGCCCUGAUGCUGGCAGCUUAGGCACUGCUGGGCAGAUGUGGUUUGCUUUGCCCUCUGGCAGUGUGAAUGGAGUCUCUGCUAGUCCUGGGUGGCUCCAGCUGAAGCCCUGCUCCAGCAGCAGAGCUCUGCCUCCUCCAGCUCCCUCCUUAGCUUACCUCUCCAGCUCUACACUGGCAGCCUCCAGGAGUCUUCCUCAAGGAGUUUUCCAUUCUUCCUUCCCCCAAAGCCAUCUGAAUUCUGCCUCUCCUUGCUGCAGGAAGGGUUUGGGAUCCAGCCAUGGUUUGUGUGAGAUACUGACCCUGCUUUUCUGGUUCAAACCUGAGAGCUGCUUGCUUAAAAGAAGUAACUGCUGCAAGAAUUCCACUGAGCACAGGCUCUGGCCUGGCUGUUUCUCCUUGUCACUGUAACUGUUUGGCACAAGAACCUUUGGAAUAGAAAAUACAAACAGAAUCUCUGCCUCUGGGAA